ACACACACACACACACACCUACCUUCAAGCCACUCGAGCCCGUGCCGUGGCUUUGUAACGAGCCCGUCCCAGUCCAGUGCGAUGAUAUUCGUCUCAUGCAUCCGGGCUGUCAGGCUUAUCUAGUUACUAAAUGAGUCAAAAGCUAGUUUGGGUGGUUGAAACCGACAUGCUUUAAAUGUCAGUGGCGCUUUCAGUUCAUGCAACAUUCCUGGAUUCUUCAGCAGAGCACGAGCUGUGGGUCGGGAGUUUCGACGGGCUGCUUUUGUUGAGGCAGGGCUUGGAAGAACAGAGGAAUUUUUGGAAUAUCGAAAAGCUGCUGGUGGAAAACUGCCCGGAAACGCACAAGUCCAAGUCGUCUGGGAUUCGUAUCGUUCACAUGAUGGAUGUGAUUUCACCGUGCACCGGGGAAAUGACACGAUCUGUCACCCUGGAUUAACACAGAUUCACCCAUUGGUGGGAUUUGUUGGGCAAACUCCUUUUGGCAGGAUGUUGACACCAUGAGGGCUCGGGAAUAUCGACCAUAAUAUAAUCGGGGUUAUUAUCGGGAAGAUUUCUGCCUACAUGCUCACAGCUUGCGGUGCAGAAUGGCAUCGACCGAGAGACUGUAUGAGGUUUGGAUGCUGUACUGCAAUAAGAAGGACCCGGACUACCUGAAACUCUGGUUGGAGAUCUUCAUCGGCUCUUAUGAGAGAUGUCUGGAUGUGGAUUUUGAGAAACCGCUAACCAGGUUGGAGGAGACGCCGCCCGUCAUGACGCUGUUACCUGAUAAUAUCCUGCAGGUGUUGCGUCUGCAGCUGCUGCAGUGUGUGCAGAAAGCAUCUGAGGGACUGGAGCCCGAGCAGCAGACGCUGGCGCUCCUGCUCCUCAAAUUCCUCAUCGUCACCUGCAGGAACCUGUCAAAUGUGGAAGAGAUCGGCGCCUGUUCCUACAUAAACCACAUCAUCACCAUGACAACGCUUCACAUCCAGCAGCUGAAGAGUAAGACGAAAGAGAAGGAGCUGGCUGAUCAGACACAAGCCGAGGAGUUUGUCCGUCACGCUUUGGCCUUCUGUGAGAGUCUGUAUGAUCCCUAUCACAACUGGAGGCAUCGCAUUCACGGUUUUUUCACCCCAGGUGGCACCGGAUUCGAGGCCUUUAUCAGUUCAGCUGGAGUGCUUGUGGUUGCCGUGUGCACUAAGAAAGAAUAUGUCACCGUCAUGCUGCCUGACUACUGCUUCUGUGAUUCGCUCUGGCAUAGUAUUGGUGUCGUUCACGUGCCGGGGAAGAGGCCGUUUGGCCAGAGUCUGGUCUACAUUUUUGUGGAUGGACAGCAGAAACUAUCAGCACCUUUAAAAUACCCAACCAUGACUGAGGCCUUCACGUCAUGCUGUAUCGGUUCAGCGGGUCACCGCACCACGACGCCUCCUCCCUCUCAGAUCCCCGAUCCUCCGUUUUCUGGAGGCAAUCCCUCCAGUCGCUCGUCCUUUGGCAAUAUCCUCCCAGGCUGGGGCGGCCUGCUAGGGACCAAACCUGAGUCCGUCACCAAACUGAUUUCCGCCGGGACUCAGGACAGCGAGUGGGGCAGUCCCACCUCACUGCAAGGCCAACUGGGAAGUGUCAUGGUCUUCCACGAGCCCCUCCAAGCCAGUCACGUCAAAGCCCUCUGUAGCUCAGGACCAAACUGUAUUUCCCCCUUUAAAAGUCAAGAGGCUGAACUCGGAGACCUGGCGCCUAAACUUCUGCUACACUAUUCUCCAAAGGCAUGUAGGAAAGCAAUUUGUCUGGAUUUGUCCCCUAAUAUGCUGCACGGUCGCCUGACAGGAAAUCAAGUGGUCAACUGGGAUAUCAAAGACAUGAUCAACUGUGUUGGAGGGCUUCCUGUGUUGCUCCCAGUCUUGGAACAGUUGACUUUGUUAACCACUGAUUUACAUCACGCCGACCCCUCGGGGUCAGAGGUCAUCACCCCUGACUCUGCCACACCUUCUGACGGAGACUGGGUCAUACUGCCCUCAAACAGAGCGUCAGAGGCCAGACUGGAGAAGAAUCUCGUGGCGACGUUCUUGCUGGUGAUCAAGCAUUUCCUGCAGAGGCAUCCUAUAAACCAGGAAACCCUUCUGCACUCCCACGCUGUGGCCACAUUAGGAGCUCUCCUUCAGAAGCUGCCAGCGUUCCUGGUGGACGUGAGCGUGCUGGUGGCGGUUCAGCUGUUGACUGAGCAGAUGACGUAUGAGAAGAACUCGCAGCUCCUGCAGCAGCUCCACACACACCUGCUCUUCAACUUCAGCAUCUGGAACCAAGGAGAUUUCCCACUGCGCAUCGGUCACAUCCAGUACAUGUCCACCAUCAUCAAAGACAGCAGGAAGCAGUUCAGGAAGAAAUAUGGAGUGCAGUUCCUGCUGGACACAGUACGCCUUUACUAUGGUUCUGGAAGUAAAGAUGCAGAUCUGAGUGAGGAUGACAUUAAGACAGUCAGAGCUUCUCUCUGUGGCCUGUUGAAGUAUUACAUCGGCAAGGGAACCACCCAAGAGGAGAUCCAGAGCAUUCUGGGAUACAUCGCUGCCAUUGGAGAUGAGGAACAGCUGUGUGGGAUCCUGGAGCUGCUGUUGACUCUUCUGCAGACCAGCGCGGCGCGGGACCAGCUCUUCCUUCUGCUGUUUGAACCGGGAGCGGCCGACUCCUGCUACGCUCUGCUGCUCAACAACAAACACUCUGACCGCCUCCGAGAGCUUAUCUUCAAGUCUCAGCACGAUGCAGCGCUGCAGAUCUCCAAGCAGACGUGUUGGCAGGGCAUACUAAUGAGUUUGUUUGUCCGGAGCCCCGGGAGCGACGGAGGUUCUGGUUUGGGCCGUUGUGACGCGGCCAGCCUGGGGAGUUUCGAGCUGAGCCGCAGCAGCGGCGGAAACCGCCUGGAGUCUCCUCUGGAGUGCAGGCCUCUGGGAGACAGCGUGGGGAGGCUGAACGAAGAGCGAGACAGCGCCUCAGACAGCAGGUCCAUAGACAGCCUGGACAAUGGAGAGCUGAUGUCUCUCUCCGAAACACCAGGGGAUGCGCCGACACCCAAAUCCUGGGGUGGGAAAGCAGGGGUCUUGAGUUUGGACCUGUCCCAGCUGCAUCUGUUUGAUCACGGGGACAGCGGCAGUCAGACUCCGGGCAGCAUGCCGAGCACACCGUCUCCUCUGGAGAACGCAAAGCCCUUCCCCGGAGCUUCCUCUCUGAAUGAUGACACCUUCCUGUUUAGUGACAAUGUGUCCCUUGGAGAGUCUUUUAACAGUGAGGCAGAGGAGGAGUUGGCACGUCUGCUGUUGGAGAUGGUGUUGUGUGUCAUGUGGAGAGGGGUGGAGGGGUCAGAUGACACCGCCUGGCUGGAGAGAGGUCAAGUGUUCUCCACUCUCACCAAACUGGGCACUGCUAACGAGCUGCUGCUGCCCGUCGACCACAUCAAACUCAGUCUGAUGGAGAGGAUGUUGGAAUUGGCCGUAACGGACAACCGAGAGGCGACAACGGCCACGCUGCCGCAGCACACGGAGAAUGCGGUGCGUCUUCUGCACAUGGUGCAGGACUUCCUGCAGGCUGAGGGGCUGGUGAAUCCCGCUCUGUGGACUGAGAAGGUUCUGGAGGAGACGGUGACUCUGAUGGACGGGCUGAUGGUGUGUCUGAUGGAGAGGAUGUUGGAAUUGGCCGUAACGGACAACCGAGAGGCGACAACGGCCACGCUGCCGCAGCACACGGAGAAUGCGGUGCGUCUUCUGCACAUGGUGCAGGACUUCCUGCAGGCUGAGGGGCUGGUGAAUCCCGCUCUGUGGACUGAGAAGGUUCUGGAGGAGACGGUGACUCUGAUGGACGGGCUGAUGGUGUGGUACGCCUCCGGGACGCAGUGGCUUCAGCUGUCUCAGGUGGGGCUACGGCUGCUGCUCGGGUUCAUGGCACAAGAAGACCCACAGGUGUGUGCCAUGGCUACGGCCAAACUGAAUGGCAUCUUGCAAACGAAGACGGUGGACUCUCAGGACGAGGCUUGUUAUCUUCUGGGCCGUGUGGAGGGAAUCCUCAGGCGCUCUGUGAGCGAGGAGCGGACAGAGGAGACCUAUUCAUUUUUAGUGCCUCUCCUCCGUACCCUCCUGUCUAAAGUCCACAAACUCCUGUACAUGGAGCUACACCUCCCUUCCCUCCCCGACACCAAUGGAAGCCCGUCUUUCUUUGAGGACUUCCAGCUGUACUGCAGCUCUCCGGAGUGGAGGGUCUAUUUGGAUAAAUAUAUCAUCCCCUACAUGAAGCAAUAUGAGAUCGAGACAUUCAGUCAGGGUCAUGAGAACAUGGCUCUCUACUGGAAGGACUGUUAUGAGGCGUUCAUGCUCAAUCUGCACCGCAGGGACCGAGAGAGAGGAGAGAGCAAGAUACGCUUUAAGGAGCAGUUUGUGGAACCGUUCAGUCGUCGAGGGCGUCAGGAGAACCUGAGGUACAACAGCAUGCUGAAACAAAUCCACACGCAGAACAGCGGCAUCCUCAGGCAGUGGAGGGCGGCACGCAGAGGACUGUUCUGUGAGAGAGGACCCUGGGUGGACAAGCAGCAGAAGGACAUACACUGGAAGCUCUCUAGCGCUGAAAACUACUCCCGUAUGCGACUCAAACUGGUGCGGAAUUACAACUGUGACCCCCAUAAAGAAGCCAGUGCCUUGAGAGAUAACCUAGGUGUGCAGCACCAGCAGGUAAACGCAGAGUCACUGUUGUUAGAGGCGGUGAAACAGGUGAAGGUCAGUGAUCUGGAGGAUGACAUCCUGGAACUCCUGGAGGAGGAUCCUGCUUCGGCCAAUCAGGCUGAUAGUGAAGAGGCGGGUCAGAAGGAGAAGCUGGUGAUCUCAGAGGACUGUGAGCUGGUCACGGUGGUUGACGUCUAUCCGGGUCGCCUGGAGCUCACCACACAACACAUCUACUUCUACGACAGCAGCGCAGAGAAAGAGGAAGGUGUAGGUCAGGACUUCAAAUGGCCUCUGUCUCAGAUCAGAGAGAUUCACCUGCGCAGGUACAACCUCCGGCGCUCGGCUCUGGAGAUCUUUCUCAUCGACCAGACCAACUACUUCCUGAACUUCAAGAAGGAGGUGCGUAAUAAAGUCUACAGUCGGAUGCUGCUGCUGCGUUCUCUUUCUCUUCAUGCCACUCACUCACCGCAGGAGCUGCUCAAAGCCUCUGGACUCACACAGAAAUGGGUGAACAGGGAGAUCUCAAACUUUGACUACCUAGAUAAAUUAACAGUGAAUUUUCCUUUGAGUUGGUUUUUGGCACAUUGCAUAGAAACCAAUGGGGGGAGUCAAUAUGACCCCAACAAAUUAUACAGCCUUUCUAAAACACAUCUGUGUCAAAACCUUGCAAGAUUUGACCUGGGUCGCUUGCAGAUCUCUAAAGAGAGGGUAAAUGAUGUCAUCCUGCCAAAAUGGGCCAAAUCCCCCGAGGACUUCAUCUACAAGCACCGCAAAGCCCUGUUUUUAUCUCCAUUUAAAUGCAGCAAAAUGAAACUGUCUGUGGUUGUUUUAGGGGCUGUUGAUCUGGACGCCAUUACAGAUGAGAAGGAGAGGAAGGCUGUAGAAGGCAUGAUCAGUAACUUUGGACAGACCCCGUGCCAGUUACUGAAGGAGCCCCAUCCCGUGCGUCUCUCUCUGGAGGAGCUGGAGAAGAGGAGAUCUCGUCUGGACUCCUGUCCUCUCAAUAUAUUCGAGCACCUCACUGAACUCAAAUCCUUCUUCAUUGAGGGCAUCAGUGAUAAUGUGCCACUGGUUAAAGCCGUUGUCCCCAAGAACCAGUCACAUUCUUUUAUCUCACAGGGGAGUCCAGAUACUCUGGUAACGCUGAGCCAGAACGGCUUGAUGGGAACUCACGGCUGGCUGCCCUAUGACAAGAACAUAUCCAACUAUUUCACCUUCAUCAAAGACCCCACCGUAGCCGGUGUAAAGACUCAGAGGUGUCUAGCAGGGCCGUUCUCUCCAGGGGUUGAAGUCACAGCUCACCUGUUUGUUGUGUCUCAUGACGGGAAGUUGCUCUUCAGUGGAGGCCACUGGGACAACAGCCUGAGAGUGACGUCACUCGUCAAGGGCAAAACAGUGGGGCAGCACAUCCGCCACAUGGACAUUGUAACAUGCCUGGCCACAGAUCACUUUGGGAUUCACCUGAUCUCUGGCUCUAGAGACACCACCUGUAUGGUGUGGCAGGUGCUACAGCAGGGUGGUGCUCCGGUGGGUCUGUCUCAUAAGCCGGUGCAGGUGUUGUACGGACACACAGAUGAAGUUGUGAGUGUGUCUAUCAGUACAGAGCUGGACAUGGCGGUCUCUGGAUCACGGGAUGGGACGGUGAUCAUUCACACUGUUCGGAGGGGUCAGUACAUGCGCUCUCUGCGGCCGCCGUGUGAGAGCUCUCUGCCCGUGUCCAUCAUGCACCUGGCUGUGUCCUGGGAGGGACAGCUAGUGGUACACACCUGCGUAGAGGGCAAAGCCACACUGAAGGAUAAGAACGCCCUGCACCUGUACUCUGUGAACGGCAAGCACCUGUGCAGCGCUCCUCUGAAGGAGCAGGUGACAGACAUGUGUGCUUCAGGAGAGCAUGUCAUCAUCGGCAGCGAGCAGGGUUUCCUGUCUGUCCGAGAUCUCUACAGCCUGGCUCUGUGUGUGUCGCCGACGGCGAUGCGGGUGCCCAUCCGCUGUGUGUCUGUGACCAAGGAGCAGUCUCACGCUCUGGUGGGACUUGAUGACGGCAAGCUGAUCGUGGUGGGCGUGGGCAAACCUGCGGAGGUAAAAAACUCCUUCAGGAACUACAUCACCCUAAAAUGA